UUUAUUGAAACUCUUUAUCCGUUUUCGUAAAAAGUAAUACACGAUUAAUUUUGUCACGAUGACUGAAACAUCUGUGUCUCCCGCUCCCGUUGAAGAGAAGACCGUUGCCAAGGUCGACGCUCCUAAAAAAGCAGCAGCGAAAGCUAGAAAACCAUCGGCUAAGCCAACCCAUCCAAGCACUGCUGAUAUGGUUAAAGCUGCCAUCAAAACUCUUGGUGAACGUGGAGGAUCAUCUCUUCAGGCCAUCAAGAAGUACAUCGCUGCAACCUACAAGGUCGACGUUGAAAAACAAGCGCCGUUCAUCAAGAAAUUCUUGAAGGGAGCCGUCACCAAGGGAACCCUGGUCCAAACCAAAGGAAAAGGUGCUUCUGGAUCAUUCAAACUUGCAGUCGAAAAAGCUGCAUCUAAACCAAAGGCAACUAGUGUGAAAAAAGCUGCACCGAAGAAACCUGCAGCGGCCAAGAAACCAGCAGCCAAGAAAACUCCUGGUGAAGCCAAAUCUUCAGCCAAAAAAGCUGCUGCUCCUAAAAAAGCUGCAGUUAAGAAACCAGCUGCAGCAAAAAAACCAGUAGCUGCUAAAGCACCAGCUAAACCUAAAUCCACUGCACCAAAGGCCAAGAAAGCGGUCAAAGGUCCAACGGCUAAGCCUAAAUCACCUAAACCUAAAAAAGUUGCUGCACCAAAAGCACCUAAAGCUGCAGCUAGGAAAGCACCUGCAGUCAGAAAAUAAAUUUUUAAUCCAUCUACAUAAAUAUUUAAAAAAAAACGGCCCUUUUCAGGGCCAAACAAAUUUUUCAAAACGUAAAAUACUCUUCGAGUUUAUUUCAACGUAGUUUAAGAUAUCGAUAACCCAUAAUAGAGGUGGGUAGUUCCGGACCUGUAUAGUUCCAUGAACUAUGUCUUUUGUCGGAUACGUAUCCGAUCGUUCCUAAAAAUUCACUUUAGUAUACUCACUAGUUCUUUUUUGUCCAUCACUGCCGUCAUCACCAACAAACAGUAAAGCAGCAGAAUAAUUUUUGGUUGAUGAUUUCUUAUGAAACUUUGAGUUGAAUACCAUCAUAAUUCAUUCUCUAUUUAGUAUAAAAUA